GCUCAUGCCGGGUUGCGACAUUCCGAAUAAGAUUGACAAGGCUGUCUUCCCUUUAAAUGACUGAUACCGGGCUUUGCUCCUGGACCGAGAAGAAGAAUAGACCCUUUGGAACUGGCAGCUAACUAUCCCAGGCAGCUGAGCAGUCUAGAGCCAAAGAAUAGCAAUCAACUCCUUACUCCUACACAAUGGCGAUGCUCCGAAUAAGAUAUCCGUUUGCUGGAGCGUUUGCUGGCAUCUUCCUACUAUCCGCCUACGUGGGCCUUCUACCUCACAGCACCCCGAAAGAAGGAGAAGCUCCGGCCCCAUCACCCCUACAAAUCAACGAUAAGGUGCUUCACGUAAUAACGUUUUUUCUCCUCUCUCUCACAUUCUACUGGAUCCUAGACACUACUCGCCGAAGAACGCUUCAUCUAACGCUUAUCAUCUGCACACUGGUACUCGGAAUAGGUUCCGAGAUAGUGCAAGCUCUCGUCCCUAAUGGCCGUUCCUUUGAUCCCUUUGAUAUCCUGGCGAAUGUUGUCGGAAGUCUUGGUGCCAUAGGGCUAUGUACCUGGUACCACAAGAGGAUGCUUGAACGGAGGAGGAAGGCACGGUUUGGUGCGCUGGUGGGGAAUACAGAGGAGGAUGUCGAACUUGGCUUGGCCAAUGGCACUUCAGAGCAAGAAACGGGCGUUACGAACGCUCAAUCCCUCGAAGAGGAAGUUGAUAACUGGGACGAGAAUGCUGAAGAUAACUGGGAUGCUGCAGAUGACGUUGAAGAUUCUGGAGCCGUUGCUGCGUCUGGUGAUGAUUCCACUGGGGAUCUCGGUGGGAAAAACUCGACUAACGGGGCAGGAAAGCCGGCAGAGAGUGAUCACAAGAAUUGA